AUGUCUUAUCGAGAAUUACGAAAUCUCUGUGAAAUGACAAGAGCCAUCGGCUAUCCACGGAUUCUGUCGCUCGAGAAUUUUCGCACCCCGAAUUUCAAACUCGUAGCUGAACUAUUGGAAUGGAUCGUCAAAAGGUUCGAUCCAAGCGCGACAAUUAGCGCCGAGCAAACAACAACUGAACAAGACCGAGUGCUCUUCGUCAAGCAGGCUGUAUUGCUCCUAUUGCAGAAUUCGAGACUUAGGUUGAAUCCUAGGAAACUCUACCAGGCGGAUGGUUAUGCCGUGCAAGAGCUACUUCCUGCUGUGCAAGAAAUUCGCCUUGCAAGACAGCUAUCUUCACAGUUGCCGCAGACUGGGGCUGCUCUCCAUGAGCUGCUGGGGAAAGAGCUUUAUUAUAGGCAACAACGUAACAGAGCUACAUCGAGAGCCAUUCCUUUAGCUGAAGCGGAGAAGACUGUGCAAAAAUCCAUAGAGGCUAUAAUUUCAGAUGCAGGAGAGAUCAAAAACAAACUCAGCAACGUAGCAAACGACGAGGCGGCUUUGGAUGAGAAAAUUGAACGCAGGAAAAGGGAAUAUGAACAAAUGCAGAAACGUUAUGUUAAAUUGCAGUCCUUUCGUCCCCAGUACAUGGAUGAGUACGAAAAACUGGAAGCAAAGCUCAAAACAUUAUACGAGAUUUACGUCUUCAAAUUCCGAAACUUGGCUUACCUUCAACAACAGCAAUUGGAAAUUGAAAGGGCAGACAGACAAAAGCAGGCUGAAUCUGAGCGAAACAUGCGACAGGUGGUUGAAAAGAUGCGAAUGGAUCUCACCUUACAGGACGAUGUUAUCGAAGACGAAGUGCCCCCUAUCAACCAGGAGCGACGGAACUCGAGGAGAGUAUUCGGAAAUAUGACUGGAGCAGGGAUGUCAGAUGACGAUGAAGACGAGGAAAACGAAGCUGGUGGUGAUGGCCCAUUAGACAGUGAAGAAGAAAAAGCCAAAUCGCUCCAUGCAGAAGACGAAGAAAAACUUGAUCUUAGCAGUGGUGAUGAUUUCUGA